AUGGCGAAACAUUCACGAUGUGUGUGCGAAAUCAAAAAUAAGGAUGAAUUAUGUUGCGCUCGAGCCAUUGUGACGAUGCGAGAGUACACGAAGCGCCAGGCGGGCGAACACAACACCUUUGAAAAUAUCAAGAAAGAUCGGGGGAAGAAUUCGCAGCAGUUGAAAGAGGCGAAGAGGUUACACGAAGAAGCAGGUGUCGGUGAGGGUCCAUGUGGAUUGGAAGAGAUUCAAAAAUUCCAAGACUGCCUUGGCCCUCAAGCGUUCCGAAUCAUUGUAGUAGAUGCUGUACGCGGUAAAGUGAUUUUUAAAGGCAAAGCAUUUUUAGAAGCAGACAAGACAAUUGCUGUGGUGAAAUCUGAGUACGUGGAUGAAGAGAACGUGGAAAAAGCACACUAUGAUGGCUUAUACAGUAUCCCACGUUUCAUGAACCGAAGUUAUUUCUGCCAUCGUUGCUGUAAAGGCUACAACACUGAGGACAGCGCCCAUCAUAAUUGUCAAGCUAAAAACUGCCCUGCAUGCAAAAAAAGUUCUUCGAAGAGUGAACAAGGAUGUCCCGAUUUUUCCUUAUGGUCGAAACCAGACCGCAAUUGUAAAGUGUGUAGACGUGAGUUUUAUGGGGCAGUGUUUUAUGGCCCACUUGGUUGA